UUCUAAAACCGUGGAUGUGAUAAGAAGAAACUCAGUUGCGGCCUUCGUUGUAUCGAAAGAAUUGGAAGUCAAAGAUGGCAACGGGUCGGAAGUAGAAGAUGGCGUCGAGUCGGAAGCAGAAGAGACCGUCAAGUGGGUAACCUUCCUCCAUCAAGCUUCCAUACAGCACACUCCUUCAAGAACAACCACCAAACGAGUAGAGACAAUAGGAACUAGGUUGGCGUUAGUGUUCCUGGGUGUGGCGUUGCUGGCCGCCUCCACCUGCGCCCUGCCAGGUGGCAGUGGAGCCUAUGGUGGCGGUGGUGGAGGAGGAGGAUCCGGAGGCGGAGGGUAUGGAGGUGGUGGCAGCAGUGGAGGCGGUGGCGGCAGUGGAGGUGGAUCGGGAGGCUUCGUCGGUGGAUUUGGUGGAGGUGGAGGCUACAGUGGCGGCACGUCAUUUGCUGUUUUUAACCUUGGAAGUCAUGGAAGUGGGUCCAGUGGAGGAGGCUCUGGAGGUGGCGGCUUCGGCGGAGGCGGCUACAAUGGUGGCAGCUCUGGAGGUGGCGGCUACAGUGGUGGCAGCUCUGUAGGUGGCGGCUUCGGCGGUGGCGACUCUGGAGGUGGCGGCUUUGGCAGUGGCGGCUCUGGAGGUGGCGGCUACAGUGGUGGCAGCUAUGGAAAAUAA